AUGGUCGGAGGCUACCGUAUAGGAAUGCAUUUUCUUGCUUCUGCACUUCGAUUUUUGGAACCCAGGUUUGUCUGAGUUUUUGGGGAUUGAGAUUUUUGGAGCUUUGAAGAUUGGGCUGGGAUACUGUAGAUCCUGGAAGAUUUUUUGCUAACAACUUGCUUAGGUUUUCAAAGUUCCAAAAAAAAUUUCCAACUUUUUGGAAUUUUUUUGAACUCUAACUACUUUUUCUACAAUGUACUGUAGUGUUUCUAAACUUCCAAAAACUGUUCACUCAAUUUUCAAAAUUCAUUUUCCAACUUCAUUCCUGAUUUCUGGAACACCAUUUUUUCUGCAGUUAGACAGAAUUUCCAAGUAUUUUUUUCGUAGGACUUGAUUUUCUCACAUAUAAUACAACUCCAAUUUUGGUCUUCCAAUUUUCUUUUUUUUCUAAACAAAAAAUCGCCAUGACGGACUAAAAUAAACUUGAAACGAAAGGAUUACGAGACACUUUUUGCGGCAUUCUUUUUAUAAAUAAAAAAUUUGUGUAAGACAGGAGGGACCUUCGGAAGGAAAAUAAAAAGAAAAUGUUUUAUUACCGUGUCUCCAAGGAUUCAAUUAUAGCCAAAAAAAAGAUUCCAACUUUCAAAUUCACUUAAGAAAGUUAGAAAUUAAUUUUUUGCAUCUGUUUUUUGUUGUCUUGUUGUAUAGAUACACGCAUUUUAGUGUAGAUAUCUGUUUUUUUUGCUUCCUUCAACAAGAUUCGAAUUUCUGAAACGAAAAGAAGAAACACCUGUCUUUUUAAAUCACUCUUUUUCUCUCAUAUUUUUUAUCACACACUAUAUUUUUUGAGGUUCAUGAAAAUUUUAUAAAUGUGUAUGUAUAUGUUUUGAAAUAGAAAGAUAGAAAAAAUGAAACAAAAUAUGAUCUCGAAUUUUGUUUUUGAACAUUGAGCUUUGAUUCGCCAACUUUUUUCGAACGAUUUUUUGAAAAAAGUGCGUAAUUACUUGAAUACUUGCAACCAGGUGAAAAAAAUGAAUGGAAAAAAUUUUUGACAGAAAAAAAAAUAUAAAAUAGAAUUGGGAAAUCCUAAAUUUAUAUAAAAAUUUAAAAAAAGCAAACAAGCAGGGACUAAAUUUAAUCUUCUAAUAAACGUGGUAAAUCAAUAAAUUCGUGAAAACUUGUUUUAAAAUAGUUGUGACGUGGCAAAUAGUUUGUCCAAAGAUAAUAAGAAUUUUCAUUAUCUCCAAUCCUUUUUAAAAAGUACUCUCAACCUUUUAUUCCAAAUAUCCGAAUUUUGUUGUUUUUUUUUCGAAUUCAAUUUUCCAAUAAAAGUUCUGCUAAAAAGUGUCUGAAAAAUUAUUUGAAAAAACAAUUUUUUUUUUCGGAAAUUUAAGAAAAAAAAAUAUUGUGGAAAGAACUUUAUAAAGUGCUUCUUGGGGUUAAAAAAUAGACAAAAUAAAAAUUGUUUUUUUUUUGAAAAAAAUCUGCCAAACCUUUUAUAAACUUGAAAAAAAUUGUUUUUUCAAAUUCAAAAAAAAUGUCAAAAUUCCCUGAUCUACAGUACCUCCAGUUCCUUUCUUUUUCCAAAACAAACCAUAUUUUUCCAGAGUCGAUGAUGAUUUUGUGGAUCGUCUUCACUAUCUCUACACAUCCACCAUGGUUCUGAUGUUUGCUGUUUUAGUGUCUGCAAAACAAUAUGGCAAGUUACUUUAUGUUUUUCCAAAUAUCAUUUUUUUUCCCAGAAUCUGAUACCCUUUCUCAUACUUGUUUUUCUCUUUUCACCUCAUUCUGUUUUUGGUCAACUUGAAAGAAAAAAGAACAUCUAAUGACUUUAUAUAUUUUUACAGUAGACUCUAAAUUCUAAAUUGGCUUCAUUUUUCGCAGAAAAAUGAAUAAGAUUUUUUUUCGUAUGUGCAUAGAAAGUAAAUUAUUAAUAGGCUCGCGUGAUUUAGAGUUAUUCAAACUUCAGAAAAAAAGAAUCGGGGCGAAAAUAAAAUCAAAUAAGAAGUUUUGUUUCAGUUGGCCAUCCUAUAGAAUGUUUUGUUCCCGCGCAAUUCACUCGAGCCAUGGAACAAUAUACGGAAAAUUAUUGUUGGGUGCAAAACACAUAUUGGGUUCCAUUCCAGGUAACACAUAUUUCUGAUAGUGAAUGCGAAAAUAAUGAUUGAUUAUAUAACAUAAGAAAAAACACAACUGGUCAAAAACAAUGAUUGAUUGCUUUAUGUUUUAUAGGAUUUAAUACCUCAUCGAUUGGAUGAUCGAGAAAGGCGACAGAUUGGAUAUUAUCAAUGGGUUCCGUUUGUUUUAGCCGUGGCUGCUUUGAUGUUUCAUAUUCCAUCUUCGGUUUGGAGAAUGUUGGCGGGACAAAGUGGUAUGAAAGAAAAUGGGGAUCGGGAAUCUAAAAAUAUGAGAAGGACUCAUCUGUAUAUUCAGAAAAUGAAAAAAAAUGAUUUUUUCCAAAAAAAAAAAAAACAAUGAGUCCACAGAAGCCUGAACUAGAAAAGUUCUAAUUCACAAACUUCUAAAAACCCUCAUUAAAAUUUUCCUCAAAACUUCAGGUCUCAACGCUGGUUUGGUUCUUCAAUUGGCUUGCGGCGAACAAAAUGUUGAUCCAUUAGUUCGCGAUAAAACCGUCGAUAUUGUUGCUCGACACAUCGAUGAUGCUUUAAUGUAUCAAAGAGAACAUGGAGCAAGAAGAAAUAGUGUUUAUAUUUUUGCGGUUGUUCGAUUAGGAAAAUUCUACGGCGCCUAUGUUUCAUCUGUUUAUAUUUUCAUCAAAGCAUUACAUUUAUGUAAUGUUGUUCUACAAUUUAUGCUUCUCAAUUCAUUUUUACAAACUUCUGAUUAUCCAUUAUUUGGAGCACAUGUUUUAUACGAUCUUUUUAUGGGAAGAGAAUGGCGAGAUUCUGGAAAGUUUCCUCGUGUAACACUUUGCGAUUUUGAAAUUCGUGUACUUGGAAAUGUUCAUCGUCAUACAGUUCAAUGUGUUUUAGUUAUCAAUAUGUUAACUGAAAAGAUUUUCAUAUUUUUAUGGCUUUGGUUAACAGUUCUUGCUCUAAUCACUGCUCUCAAUCUAUUAUUCUGGUUUAUCGCAUUGGCUUCUGGAGCAUGUCGAGAGAAUUUUGUAUCAAAACAUUUGGAUAUUCAAUCAGAUCAAAUCGGCAGAUUUACCCAUCGAUUUUUACGAUCUGAUGGAGUGUUUUUAUUACAAAUGAUCGCUUCACAUGCUGGAAAUUUGAUGUGUGCAAAAGUGACAGAACAAUUAUGGUUGAUAUUUUUGAGAAGAAGUGGAAAACCAGUUUGUGAUGAUAAAGCUGAAGGUUCUGAAAGAACUGCCAAUGAUUGGGAAUCUGUGAGUUCUUGAAAAAGAUUUGGAAUUUGGUCACGUCAAUUCUCAGUUCUGAAAUUUUUCAUUUGAUUUUUUGAAAAAAAUUUGAAUUUUUUCAAAUCUCAACUUUAUGGACCAAAUUUUGAGAAUUUGUAUCUGACCAGAUUCAGAAAAUAUUCGGACCAGGUAAUUUUCAAGAGUCCGAUUUUUUGUCAUUGAAAUUUUUACCAUAACUGGUCCAAUUUUUUUCAACUCAGAAAAUCUGAAAAUCAUUCCUAGAUGAAUAAAUUCUUACUAUAAUUUCAGCAAACAGACGGAGACAAGUCAUCUCUAAAACGAAAUGAAUCAUGGCAUGAAACAUCUCUACCUCCACCAAUGCCAAGUUUGCCAACCCGAACACAUUAUGUAUAA